AAAAAAAUCGUGAAGGUAGAAAUUCUCAAAAAAAGAAAAGGAAAGGGAAAAAGUCUCCACAAGAGAGUGUAAAAAACCUCUCAUGAGAAGAAAAGAACUCUUACCUUUAGUUAUCCACCUUAACCAUCAGGGAGUAGAGAGGCAACCGAAGUCAGGAGAAAGUGAAGAGGGAAAGGUUGCCCUCAUCACUGGAGGUGCCAGCGGUAUUGGCGCAUGCACUGCCAGAGUCUUUGCCCACCAUGGCGCCAAAGUCGUUGUAGCUGACAUCCAAAAACAAUUAGGCCACUCUGUCUGUGAGUCAAUUGGCCCAUCAAACUCCAUCUUCGUCCACUGCGACGUCACCAAUGAAUACCAAAUCCAACACGCUGUGGACAAUGCUGUCGCCACCUAUGGCAAACUAGACAUCAUGUUCAACAACGCUGCCAUUUCGGACGAGUUGAAGCCACGCAUAAUCGAUAAUGAAAAAUCCGAUUUCGAGCGCGUUCUUAGCGUGAACGCGACUCGAGUCUUCCUCGGCAUCAAGCACGCAGCUCGAAUCAUGGUGCCUGCUCAAAGCGGCUGCAUAAUCUCCACUGCCAGCAUAGCUUCAACUAUAGGUAAAACAAGCACCCAUGCUUAUACUGCUUCAAAGCAUGCUGUUGUGGGACUCACAAAAAAUGCUGCAGUUGAGCUCGGACAAUUUGGAAUUAGAAUUAACUGCAUAUCUCCCUAUGGGGUCGCGACGCCUUUGACUACCACUGUUCUUGGAAUUAAGCACGAGGAGCUCGAGAAGAUGAUGUAUUCGAUUGCCAAUCUUAAGGACACCAAAGAAUUGGCACUCAUCUUGAACUAAAAUUGAGGAGAAAUCACUUGGAGCAAACCUGCAAAAGCAAGUUAGUCUGAGGUUGUAACUGGCGCCUGAUGCCCUAUAACUGUAAGUUUCCUCGCUUGGUUUAUUAGGCUUUAUAUAACAAAGAUUUCAUGAAAGAUUCAUUUUCCAUUCACCAAAGCAAAAUUAGAUCCAGUCAUAACAAAAAUUUGAAGAGCAUGACUAUGAACAGGCAGAAAUGGAAAACACGUGAACAACGGUCCUGUUGCGGUGUUGUUUUUUACUUGCUUUGGGCAGCAAAAUGAAGAAAUUUUAUGAAU